AUGAAGGCCCCACCUGCGGGGUCAGGGCCCCGGGAGGCCGUGGGGCCAGUGGGAUCGAUCGAUCCCGGCAGGGGCCUCGAGGUGACCUUCUCCACUAUUGCGUCGAAACAAGCAGCAGCAGAAGCAGCAGCAGCAGCAGCAGCAGCAGCAGGAUGUUGCAGCCACAUGCAAGGGAAGCAGCAGCACCAGCAACAGCAAGAGCAGCAGCAGUUGCUGCUGCAGCAGCAGCACAAUCGCGGCCUCGGGGCCCCCGACAGUCAGCCUGCUACCCCCAGCAAACAGAAACCCAGUGCUCCUGCUUCUGCUGCAGAGGCUCAGCAGCAGCAGCACCAGCAGCAGCAGGACCAGCAGCAGCUGCAGCAGGAGCAUCACAGAGUUCUCCCCGAGUACUUUCAGAAGCAGCUGCUGCACGAUGCGCAGCAACAGCAAAAGCAGCAGCAGCAGGAGCAGCAGCAGCAGCAGCAGCAGCAGCAGCCACUUAAGAAGAAGGCCAGGAUUCCUUUCGUUGCCCACCGCAGCAGCUGCGGCAGCCGCCAACUGCCAGACAGCCCCUCCCCUGCUUUGGCCCCAAGACGGCUUGGAGGCGAAACUCCGUUCACUGGUGUGCAGCAACGUGCAGCAACUCGAGGCAGCAGCCACCCAGCAGCAGCAGCAGCAGAAGCAGCAGCAGCAGCAGCAAAAACAGCAGCAGCAGCAGCAGCAGAAGGAGAACAGACACAAAGUCUGCGGGAGGCCAAACGCCGGGUGGUGUCCCAAGCCCGAUCCGUUUACGAAGAAGCCUGUUUGCUGCAGCGGCAGCAGCUGCUAGCGAUUACACAUGAGAAGGAAAGAGCAAUGCUGCUGCUGAAGCAGCUCCUGGAUGAGGGAGUGCAUGACAAGGUGAUUGCCUACGAAGUCAUCUGCACAACGAAGUCAGGGGCCACCGAUCCUUCUCAAAACGAAAUCUGCAGCAGCAGCAACGACGAAAACGACGACAGCAGCAGCAGCAGCAGCAACAGCAGCAGCAGCAGCAGCAGCAGCAUCAUUCCUAAUGUUGAGGUUGUUGCAGCAGCCUGGAGAGGCUACGCAACCCGCUGUGCUCUCAGGCGGGAGCGUAGUGUUGCUGCUGCUGCUGCUGCUGCUGUCAGCAGCUUUGCUGCAGCAGCAACAGACCUGCAGCGCAAGAUCAGAGGCAUGCAGCAGCGACGCGCUGCGGUCAGAACAAGAUUUCUGCUGCAGCAGCAGCAGCAGAUCUUCUACCGCUUCCCGGUGAGCACUGCAUCAUCUCCUCGUUCUUUAAGGGAAGCAGCUGCAGCAGAGCGACAGCUGCAGCGGCGCUGCAGGAGGCUGCUGCUGCAGCUACCCUUUACUUAUAGAAGUCAUUCAUUUACGAGUCUCUUAAUAACAGAGAAGCAGCAGCAGCAGCUGCAGCAGCAGCAGCAGCUGCGUGCCUAUGAGAGAAGACAACUCGCCAGGGCCCAGCUCCUUUGGGUGGGUUGCAAGGAGAGAGGUAGCGGUAGUGCUGCUGAAACGUUUAAGGCGUCUCGGCAGGUGCCGCAAGAAGCAGGAGAAGCAGCAGCAGCAGCAGGCACUGAAGCAGGAGGCAGCGUUCAUCACCUUCAACUCUCUAGAAGCCCUGCAGCAACAGCAGCAACAGCCGCAGCAGAAGCUGAAGGGGUUCGCAGCAGCAGCAGCGGCAGCAGGGGCCCUGGCGGAGGCUACAGCCAAUCGGGUCCUGCUGCUGCUGCAGCAGCAGCUGCAGCAGCAGCAGCAGCUCCUUCCGAGCUACCCAGUGUUGGUGCUGCUUUCUUGCGAUACUUAGCGAGAGAGCCUCCCCCCUGUUUGUGCUGUUCAUCGGAUGCAGCAGCAGCAACAACAGCAGCAACAGCAGCAGCAGCUGUGGCUGCAGCAGCAGCAACAGCUGCUACUGGUGGUGGUGGAGGUGCUGCUGCUGCGGCUGCUGCUGCUGCGGCUGCUGCGGCUGCUGGUGCUGCUUCUGCUGGAGGGGGCCUUGAUGUUGAAGCCCUCGAAGCAGCAAUUGCUGCUGCGGAGUCAGCAGCAGAGACGUCUGCUGUUGACCGUCGCGCUGCUGCUGCGAUGCAGCAGCACGCAGCAGCAAUUGAUGCAUUUGCUGCUGCUGCUCAGAGCGAGCAGCAGCUGCUGCAGCUAGAGAGACGCCUUUAUAAGCGCGGCACCGUUGCUAGGCUGCGCACAACUGUUAGAUUUGUAGACAGAAGCAGGGUAAAGGUUUUCUUAGGAGAGAAAGCUGCUGCUUCCCCGAGGAGAAUCCCUGCUGCUGCUGCUGCUGCUGCUGCUGCUGCUGCUGCAGCAGCAGCAGCAGCAGCAGCGGGGGCGUCGGCAGCGCAAAGAGCGUCUUCGCAGCGCGCACAUGCAGCAAACACUCCUGCUGCUGCUGCUGCUCCAGCUGUUGCUGCUGCUGCAGCGGGGGCAGCAGCAGCAGCAGAAGCCUCGGAAAGACCAGCCGCAGGGCCUGUAAGAACCACCGCAUCAGCAGCAGCAGCAUCAGCAUCAGCAGCAGGAGCAGCAGCAGCAACACCAGCAGCAGCAGCAGCAGCAGCAGAAGCAGCAGCAGCAAAUGAAAGCCCUCGCAGAUGUCUUAGUGCGGUGGGUGACAGACAAAAACUCAGAAAUUUGUGGGAGGGUUCGGGGGCAGACGAACUCAACGACGCCGUCAGACACUUCCUACUCAGCGCCGAGCCUAAGUGGACCCCCGUUAGGUUCUCGCCGUGGUCUUAUCUCUCUAGGGGCCUCAAGCACCCUAUAUUUCAGCAGCAGAAUCAGCAGCAGCUGCAGCAGCUGCUGCUGCACACUGCAGCACCGCCAGCAGCAGCAGCAGCAGGAACAGCAGCAACAGCAGCAGCAACAAAGCCAGCAACACCAGAAGAAGCAGCCAUCCAACAGCAACUCAGUCCCUCGAGUUCUCCCCCCAGGGACCGAAGCUUUCAGGAUAGAGCUGCAAUUAAUCGGUCGCUAACUGGCCCUCGCCCUGAAAGAGAGCCCCAAGGCAGAGCAGCAGCAGCAACAGCAGCAGCAGCACCAGCAGCAGCAGCACCAGCAGCGGCAGCAGCAGCACCAGCAGCACCAGCAGCAACAUCGGCAACAUCAGCAGCAGCAACAGCAACAACAGCAACAGCAGCAGCAGCAGUAAUUCGCAAGCCACCAGCAGCAGCAGCAGCAAGGGCUACUGCUGCGACAUCUGCAGCAGCCGCAGCAAAAGAAACAGCGGCAGCAGCAACAGCAGCAACAGCAACAGCAGCAGCAACGCCGCACAUUGCCCCAGCGGGAGCUUCUAACAAGGAGGCUCUGCAGCAACAGCAGCAGCAGCAGCAGGAGCAGCAGCAGCAGCAUGACUUCGACUGCUUCAAUCAGCAGCAGCCGGAGCUGUACACUCAGCUGUGGCGGCCAUUCCAGCCGCAGCAGCAGCAGCAGCAGCAGCAGCAAGCAAGACGCAACAGCAGCAGCAGCAGCGGCUCCGCACAACGCAGCGGGAGGAGACGCAAAGAAGAUAAGGUCAGGGCUCAGCAGGAGCAUCAGGAGCAGCAGCAGCAGGAGCAGGAGCAGCAGCAACAAGAGCAGCAACAGCAAGGGCAACAGCAGCAACGGCAGCUGAAGGAGCAGCAGCAGCAACAGCAGCAGCAACAGCAGCAACUGCGGAAGCCGCAACAGCAGCAGCAGGGCCAUCCGGCAAGAACUGAUGCAUCUGCAGCAGCAGCAACAACAACAGCAGCAGCAACAGCAGCAGCAGCAGCAACAACAACAGCAGCAGCAACAACAACAGCUGAAGCAGAAGCAGCAGCAGCCGAAGCAGCAACAACGACACGUAGAACAUCUACACGGCGAGAGCGUCUAGACGCGCUGCACCUCAUGUAUUCAGCAGCAGCAGGUCGCCCUGCUGCAGCUCUGCUGCUGCGUCGCCGCAUCUCUUUGCAUAGCAGCAGCAGCAGCAGCACCAACAGCAGCAGCAGCAGCCUUGGAGGAGACAGCAGAGGGCCCACGGACUCGCCCCCAGAGGGAGGGCCAUCUGCUGCUGCUGCAGCUGCUGCUGCUGCUGCUGCUGUUGCUGCUGCUGCUGCUGCCUCUCCCAGGGUCUCACCACGGAGCGACCCCGCUAAUGCAUACUUCCAGCAGCUGCCGAGUACUGCUUUUAUUAAAGGGACAGGCAUUGCUCGUGCUGCUGCUGCUGCUGCUGCUGCAGCAGCAGCAGGAAGACGUGCUGCAGCAACUACAGAUGCAACAGCACCGACGGUGGCAGCAGCAGCAAAUACUGCAGGGCCUACGGUCAGGUUUCAAACGGAUGUGAAGCAGAGGCAGCAGCAGCAGCAGCAGCAGCAGCAGCAAAUAAGAUUCUGCUGCAGAGGGAAGACCCUACAAGAGAUCAUCGCUGCUGCUGCAGCAGCGCGCAGCAGCAGCAAGCAGCCAACCUUCUAUUCGGCACCCCGCGAGGAGCUUUCACAUGCAGCAGCAGCAGCAGCAGAAGCAGCAGCAGCAGCAGCAGCAGCAGCAGAUGCUUACAAAGCCCUGGAGCAGCACGAACGCACCCGAGCGAAGCAGCAGCAGCAGAUGAUUCCCUGUCGCAGAAGCAGCAGCAGCAGCUGCGUUAUGUGCAGCAGCGCGACGAGGAGACAAACAUCAUCACAGCAGCAGCAGCAGCAGCAGCGAAUUCGCAGCAACAGCAGCACCUGCAGCGGACCCCCAGUUUGCAGGUGUGCGUACGAAGUGCUGCAGGCAGCACACAGAAGCAACAGCAAUGAGGACGCAGCAGCAGCAGUUGCUGCUGCUGCUGCGCUCUCUGCUGCAGCAGCAGGACCAGCAGCUGCUGUUGCAGAGGCCUUGGCUGCUGCAGCACCCGUACUUGAAGCAGCAGCGGCAGCUGCUGCUGCUGCUGAUGAAAGGACGCAGCUGGCUUAG